AUGGAUCCCGAAUAUCUGCCUGGUGCCAAUCAUGAAGCCUUCACUGAAUGGGCUCUAUCCCAAGGUGUAAUGACCGAUGCAGUCACUCCGGCGCGUUUUCCAGGACGCGGCCUAGGAAUGAUGGCGACGCGCAAAAUCAACAAAGGUGAAGCUGUUGUACAAGUACCUACAAAUGUGAUAUUCACAGUGGACCAAGUUCCUGAGCCAUUCAGGUCCCAAUUCCCCGAAGGCACAGCCGUGCAAUCAAUCAUGGCUGCAUUCUUGACCCACGGCAGCGAAGAAGAACUUGAAAAGUAUCAGCUGUGGUUUAAAGCCUGGCCAACACGUCAAGACUUUGAGGACAGUUUGCCCUUGCUCUGGCCAAGGGAACUAGGCGGUCUCGCCUGGCCAGACAGUGAUGACGCGAGUGAUUCGGUUCCAAUCCCGAACGUGCUUCCCCCUUGUAUCGCUGGUCGGUGGAACUCCAUUCAGAAAGGACCUCGGACGAAGAAGUACGAAACAGAGCACCAGGAACUGGAGCCACAGCAGGAGAUACGGCUACGCAAGGCAUGGACGGAUGUCACUUCGGUUCUUCCGGAGACUGACUGGCGGAGUUUUUCUUACCACUGGCUCAUUCUCAAUACGAGAAGUUUCUAUUGGGUUGGACCUGAUCAAGAGCCACCGGAGAAUCGGAAUGAUGCAAUGGCUUUGCUGCCCUUUGCGGACUAUUUCAAUCAUUCGGAUGUUGAGUGUGAUGUGAAGUUUGAUGAGACCGAAUAUACCCUUCGAGCUACAGAGGAUUAUGAGAAGGGCGAUGAAGUCUAUAUGAGUUAUGGAAGUCAUCCCAAUGAUUUCCUCUUGGCCGAAUAUGGCUUCUUCCUCGAGAAGAACGAUUCAGAUUGCAUCUACCUUGACGACGUUGUCUUCCGUGACAUUGACAGCCCAGAAAAGCAGGAAGAGCUGUGGCUCAACCAAUAUUAUGGUGAAUAUCAAGUCACCCCCUACGGGGUUUGUUACCGCACCGAAGUUGCAGCGUGUUUAAUGUACAUGAAGGAGGAAGAUUGGAGGAACUUUGUUCUCGAGGGUUCGACUGAGAAUGUGGAUGCCCAGAAGUCGGAAACCAUUAUCAAGGGUUGGCUGCACACAUAUGCCUCGGAAGCCGAUGCAACAAUGGGCGCAAUAAGGGUAGCUCUUGAGUCUAACGAGGUAGUUCGAAAGCACCGUCAAAAGGCAGAGACCUUGCUACGUCGCUGGGGACAGAUCAAAGACAUCUGUGAGCGCGCUUCAGCGGUCGGACUAGAUGACUGA